UCACCCAGGUGCCAUCCCCACAGCCCCUGUGCCCCUCUCGCCCCCAGCACCUGUCCAUGGAUGCCAGCAAGAAGGUGGAUCUGAAAAUCAUCAUCAUCGGAGCUCUGGGCGUGGGCAAGACCUCCCUGCUGCACCAGUACGUGCACAAGACGUUCUACGAGGAUUACCGCACCACGCUGGGCGCCAGCAUCCUCACCAAGGUCCUGCCCGUGGACAGCACCCCCCUGAAGCUGCAGAUCUGGGACACGGGGGGACAGGAGCGGUUCCGGUCCAUGGUGUCGACCUUCUACAAAGGCUCGGACGGCUGCAUGCUGGCCUUUGACGUGACAGACAGGGAGUCCUUUGAGGCCCUGGACAACUGGAGAGAUGAUUUCCUGGAGAAGGUCAUCCCCAGGGAGCAGGAUUUCCCCAUGGUGGUGCUGGGGAACAAGAUAGACCUCAGUGACCGGCAGAUUGAGGAACCUCCCUUCAGAGGAAUUCAAUGCUUUAAGUGA